AACUAGCUAUAUCGACAUGCUGCGCCUCUUUCAAGGCGGAUGGUCUCGAGAGUAUGAACAGAAGGCCGAAAAGGCGGGCCUUUUUGUGGAGGAGGAGCUCGAGAAAGCAAUCGAAUGAUGUAAGGAGAAGGUGUUGAAUAUCGCGGAAGAAUGCCGAUCGCAGAACCAGAGGUUCAGGGACAUCGAGUUCGACCUUGAAGAAGAUAGAGACCGAUGUCUCAACGGUCUAGCGCCUUCUGAUUCCGACGAUCUGUCCCCCGGAGAAGUGAUGCGCCCCUAUCAGAUAUUCGAGAAACCCGAGUUCUUUAUUGACGGCGCCUCUUCUGGAGAUAUAAGCCAAGGCGCGCUAGGAGACUGCUGGUUCCUGUCUGCCGUCGCCACGGUUGCGACAGUUCCGAAACUGAUCGACAGGAUAUGCGUCGCGCGCGAUGGGCAAGUCGGCGUGUACGGUUUCGUUUUCCACAACGAAUCGGGCUGGACGGAUGUAAUCAUUGACGAUCUUCUCUUCACGAACUACACGAGACUCGAGGAUCUGGAGACGGCCGUGAAUGCCCCAGAACUGGGUAAGCGGCCCGAAAAGCGUGGGCGCAGAACUCUGUACUUUGCCUCUUCUCUUACGGAAACCGAGACAUGGGUCCCCCUCUUCGAAAAGGCAUACGCGAAGCUGUUCGGAGAUUACAAGGCCCUUGCAGGCGGAUACUGCUCUUGUGCCAUUGAGGACAUGACGGGGGGCGUUUCCACAACGAUGCAAAUGGCGGAUAUUCUCGAUCCGGACAGGCUGUGGAACGACCAGCUGACGCGAGCUAACCGCGAUAUGUUGUUCUCGUGUUACAUAAUGCAAAAUAAAGCAGGCUCGCGAGACUUCGUGAAAGGCAUUCGAACGAAUCAUGCGUACUCUGUUCUAUCUGUAGUUGAACAUAACGGUAAGCGAUUCGUUAAAGUCCGGAAUCCCUGGGGCGAGCGCGAGUGGUCCGGCAAGUGGAGCGACGGAUCGAAGGAAUGGACCAAAAAGUGGUUGAUGGCGCUAGAUGAUCUGAACCACAAGUUUGGCGAUGACGGAGAAUUCCUAAUGGAAUACCCCGAGUUCCUGACCACCUUCACGAGGCUCGACAAGACGAGGCUCUUUGAUUCCUCGUGGGGCUUGAGCUCGCAAUGGCUCGAAGUCUACGCACGUCCGUUCCCAGGCAGGCAUCCUCUCGCGGCAUGGAAGUUCGGCGAUGUAUCCUUCACUGUGAAGGUCGAUGGCAAAACCCCUUCGAUUUUUGUUCUCUCGCAACUGGAAACGAGGUAUUAUCAAGGUCUCGAGGGUCCUUAUGAUUGGACUUCUCCGACUCCGACUGCGUCCAGAUUAUCCCAUCACUGA